AAUCUGCCUUCACCAGCGUCCUAGUAAAGUGCCGCAGUGACGUACCCUCACAUUGUUGCUUCUGACGUUUCAUCGCGGAGAUGAGGAGCCCUAAAUCUAUCUUGCUGUUGGGGGCGGUUUUCCUGACUGGUCUCAUUCUUCUGUUUAAGGCUCAAGAGGAACGAGGAUUACGCUUCGAGUCUGAGAACCAGCUCCAUGACGAAGCUCUUAGCUCUAGACUGGAAGAGUUGAGGAAGCUGGAGGCCCUGCUCAAACCUUUGCCCGAGGGUGACAUCAGACAGACAGAGUCAAAUGGAAAGGUGGCAGAAACCCGUCCGAAACCGUCGGAUGAGUUGGAGGAAAAGGAUUCGACGCCAGGUGAGGGGGAACAGGACAUAACAGAAAAUGUUCCCGUGGAUGAGAUCUCUGAGUUGGAUCAAGCAGAGAGCCGGGUCCUCCAGAAGGUGGUGAUCCUGACCUACAUGCGGAGCGGAUCCACGUUCACCGGGAACCUGUUCGAGAGCCACGAGGACGCCUUCUACGUGUACGAGCCGCUGUGGAGACUGCAGAAGAAACACUUCGCUCACGAUGAAGUCAUGUACUUCCGGAAACCCAACAUCAAGGCCAACGGUGACGUCAUGGACUCCAGAUCUGAGGCCGCGCACACACUGCAGGCUGUGUUGUCCUGUGACUUUCUGAACGUCGACAUCGACACACUGAAG